AUUUGUGCCGGCGCUAUAUAAUACAGUAAGUCUUUUAUAUGGAGAUACAUACAUACAUCUUAGAUGUAUUAGACUGCCCCCGAUCUAGGGCUAGUCCUGCAGGCGUAUAGUCAAUUGCUUUUUCACGCAAACGGAAGUCUUGUGCCGUCUAAAGGAGGGUGUAGGGCAACUUCUCGUAAGCUCGUCUAUUCUCGCUUGUCGAUAUUUAGAGAUGCGAUUUGCUGAGAAUUCUAUCUUAUCUCGAAACAAGCCACCAUGCAAAUCAUGGACGCCUCAAAGCUUAGUCGUUCAUCUAUGUCCCAUUAGAUAGAUGUCUGGCCUGGCCUACGGGUUCGAGAUCAUUGCCACUAACAUACGAGAAGAAACAAACAGUUAGAAAUAGCCACAUACAUGGACGUACAGAUCCUGUUUACAACGUCUUGCUCUUACAUUUUGCCAAGAGUAAGAAAUGAAAAACGAACAUGCACAUAUGUAGAAAUGUACAAACAGAACUGCACGGCACCAUGCCUUAAGAUCGGUUAGUUCCUAAUAAGCGAAGCGUUCUCGAUGCCUUCUAGGAUGUUGGAGCUCUUGGGAAAUGUCUCAGCCCUGUCGAGCUCAUGGGCCUCGUGGCAUCAUCGGAUCUGUCGCUCAUAUUACUCCAUCAUAUGAUGGAUAUCAUGCGAAAACAACCCGACAGUCCGUCAGGGGCUUUCGCAAAUUUCCCAGUGCCGGCCAAGCUGGCCUUAAUAGGUAAUCGUUUCGGAGACGAUGCGACUCACCUGCACCGGGGGUUCCCAAUCGGAAGAGAGAAGAAAAAACCUAUUAACUAAGAGAAAAAAAGAGGGAAAAUUUGUGCGCCCCGCAGAACACGCGGAACGAACUAGGUAUAGCAAGUACCAACUAUGCAUUGUACUUCAUACUUGUCAACGCUGUAUGUACAACCAUGUCAGCUGAAAAUCUUAGGUCUUGUAACCAUUCGUAUUCAAGCAUUGGGAUUAGAUGCGGUUACCUACUACCUAUGCGGGUUCUCAUGUAGC